CGUAAAAGGCAAGUGGUUGUAUCUUUCAUAAUUCUAAUCUUUACAGAAUAGCUGCCUACUUGAUAUAACUGUUUCUGAGGAAUAUGUAAACAAAACUUGAUAUGCAGACACAAUUGUUCAACAUAUCAACGCAACGGAUAUGUUGAACUUUCUACGAUUGCUCUUUUUUGCCUCAGAACAUGAUCUCUGGCGACCUUUAGUAUCAUUUAAAUCUCGAGACAGAAAAGAAUGCGUUCUGUUUCAGGUAUAAUUAAACAUGAAAGAAAAUCAGAUAAUUGAAAUUCUGAAUUCUAUUCUGGAAAUUAUAACGGACAAUAUGCCUCUGCUAAGAUCUCACACAGCGUAUUUCUUAACCGAGAACUCUUAUGAGAAGCUAAUUUGCUCAAAUACAAGAACACUUUUAGAGAGUUUGACUAUCCAAAAGAUAAAAAACCUUCCCAUUGAAGCAAAAAAUGGCAAGUUGACAGAAAUACUCAAGCAACCACUUCCUAAUUUAGCAAACUGCUUUCCUCCUUUUUGUGUAUCGGAUUUGCAGAAAGCGGAGCUCCUAGACAACUGCUGCGAUAAAACUCAAAUGAGCAGAAAGAAGUACCACGAAGUGGUGAGGAUAGGACACUUUUUGGAAUGCAAUUCACGAUUGUUGAAUCACAAUGUAGUUGAUCUUGGGUCAGGUAAAGGCUACCUGAGCGAUUAUUUGAGCCAGUUCUUGCAAUACAGAGUUGUUGGCGUCGAAACAUGUGACGCUUUUAACGAUAGUGCGGCAAAACGCAGGCUAAAAGUAUCUAGAAUCUGGAGAAAAAUGGAAUUUAAUCGCAAAAAGAAAGCGCAGGAUGAACCAAACGAUUCGUUCGAAAACAUUAGAGAUAGAGAGCUAGCUUCCAAGUCAGACAAAGACAGAGAUACUCAGUUGGAAACUCGUCUUCGCGAUAAUUUCAACGCUUCGCUUGUUGAAAAAUCUUACGAAAUUAAAACUGAUUACAUUACAUCUGGGUCCGACUUGUCAGAAAUUUUCCCUGGGGAAAGUUUCUCGUUAGUGGGGUUGCAUACAUGCGGUGACUUGGCUGCUAGCUCGCUCCGUCUUUUUGUGAAGUCCGAAAAUUGUCGUUUCAUUUGUAAUGUAGGAUGUUGUUACAAUACUUUGACCGAAGAGGGCUAUGAAAGAGGUUUUCCCAUGAGUCAAUUUUUAAACGCUAAUUUCAGCGAAGAGCUUGGAACUGCCAAAACAUUGGCUUGUCUCUCUCCGGAGAAACAAAUAGACGGUGGCGGCAAGGAUCCUCUGCCUAAAAUGUUCAAUAGAGCGUUGCUUCAAAAGCUAGUCUUAGAUAGAACUGGAUAUUCACUGGACCAUAGAAAGCAAUUUAGCAAGAAAAAAGCAGCUAGAUCUUUCCUUGAAUACUGCAAAUGUUGUUUUCCGUUGAUAGAAGUUGAAGAUAAGCACUUUUUACAAGAUUUGUCUGAUUCUGACAUCGAAAAUUUUGAACAAAUCAAUGCUCCUUCAAAGCAUCAAAUGUUCAUUUUUAACCAUUAUAGAGCUUGUUUUGCUUACUUGUUAGAACAUUUGUUCCUAUUAGACAGGUUGCUUUUCUUGCGAGAAAAUGGUAUUGAAAAAAGCGAGGUUGUCCAAUUAUUUGAUCCGAAAUUAUCACCUCGAUGUUAUGCUGUAGUUGCAUCAAAAAAUGGCCCCUUGACCAUUUCAGAGAAAUGAGGAAUUUAUCAAGGGUCGCUCAAUUUUCAUUACGUUCCACGCGUUUCGCGAGCGACGGAAACUUUGCAGUAAAAGAACAGCUGCUCCGAAGAAUCGACUCUGUCAUAUCUCAGUUACCACCCGACAGGGAUGCUGCGUUCAACUUCAAAGAUUAUUUGGAAAGUGUAGUGAAGCCAGCCUUGGAAUCGCCAGGUGGAUCUCUCAAUCAUUUAUCAGAGGAAAAACUAACAAAACUGGAAAAAAUAUUAACACGGCUGCAGGAAAAUCAGAUUUCCAAAACUCACUAUGUGCCAUUUGAUAAAUUUAGAGGCGCUGUUUUAAAACCAGAACAAGUACCAGUGGCAAUUGAAGCCUUGUCAAAUAUGAAGGACUGAAAAGAAUAGCGAAUUUAUUGU